CAUUACCGGAGACACCGUCGUUUUGGAAGCGCCGGUGCCUCCGCCGCCAUGGCCGAGAAAACGAAGCUGCUGCAGCAGCAGCGGCGCUUCAAGUUCUCGUUUCCCGUGAGCGUCGUCGUUUUGGCCAUCACAUACAUUUACCUCUCCACCGUCUUCGUCUUCAUCGACCGUUGGUUCGGCCUUUUCUCUUCCCCAGGGAUCAUGAACGGCGUCGUUUUCACCGCCCUAGCCGCCAUGUGCGUCUUCACCUACCGCGCCGCCAUUUCCGCGGAUCCGGGUCGGGUCCCCUCCACCUACAUGCCCGACGUCGAAGACGGCGAAAGCCCCAUCCACGAGAUCAAGCGCAAGGGUGGGGAUUUGCGAUAUUGCCAAAAGUGUUCUCACUAUAAGCCUCCCCGUGCACAUCAUUGCCGGGUUUGUAAAAGAUGUGUUCUACGAAUGGAUCACCACUGCAUUUGGAUAAAUAACUGCGUGGGCCAUACAAACUAUAAGGUCUUCUUCAUUUUUGUCAUGUAUGCUGUAAUUGCGUGCAUCUACUCCCUGGUCUUACUUGUGGGCAGUCUAGCUUAUGAGGGUAUACAGGAUGAAGAGAAAAAUGGUGGCUCUUUCAGAACUGUAUAUAUUGUUUCUGGGCUCUUGCUGGUCCCCAUAUCUAUAGCAUUAUGUGUGCUUUUAGGAUGGCAUAUCUAUCUCAUCCUACAUAACAAGACCACGAUAGAGUAUCAUGAAGGAGUGAGAGCUUUAUGGCUUGCAGAGAAAGGUGGGAGUAUCUAUAAACAUCCGUAUGACCUUGGCCCAUAUGAGAAUUUGACAUCUGUUUUGGGGCCAAAUAUCAUAAGCUGGCUGUGGCCUACAGCAAACCAUAUAGGUUCUGGACUUAGGUUCCGCACUGUCUAUGAUCUCACAAAAGGUGCAUCAACAUCGAAAUGAAGUUUUGGUGUUGUCUUCGCAGUGGUCAUUGGUAAUGUGUUCAUAACUAACACUUACAAAGAAUGGUUGAGUGAUGACAAUGCUGACUGGUAAUGUUCUAUAAAUUGUCUGAUAUAUAGAUAUUUUUUUUUAAUGUCAGUCACCCACGAUUGCUAAUAUGUAUGCCCAUGUGACAUUGAUAAUAGACACGGUUUUUUGUCUCUUCCCACUUUUGUCCAUUUGUUACACACAGGAUAGGCUUCCUUUCUUGUUUUCCCCUUCUUCCGGUCUUGUUAGGUUUUGGAUGAUGUGGGGUUACAGCUGUAGAGUUCUGCUGAUAAACUUGAUGUACAAAAAGAAGUUCUGAAACCAAUUCAUCA